AUGGGAUAUUUUGUUCCUGAUUCACAUAUUGAAAAUCUAAAGUCAUAUAAAUAUCAGAGUGAAGAUCGUUCACUGGUGUCAAAAUACUUCCUCAAGCCAUUUUGGCGAAGAUUCUGUAUCAUUUUUCCCACGUGGAUGGCACCUAAUAUUAUAACAUUAUCAGGUUUUGCUUUUAUUGUUAUCAAUGUGUUGACUGUAUUCUAUUACGAUCCAAAUCUAAACAAAAAUACCCCUCGAUGGACAUAUUUUUCGUACGCCCUAGGUGUUUUUCUAUAUCAAACGUUUGAUGGCUGUGAUGGUGUGCAUGCCCGUCGCAUUAAUCAGUCAGGGCCGUUGGGAGAAUUAUUCGAUCAUAGUAUUGAUGCCAUCAACUCCACUCUGUCUAUUUUUAUCUUUGCCUCCGAGACUGGAAUGGGGUUUUCGUAUAGUUUGAUGUUAUCCCAGUUUGCAAUGCUGACAAAUUUCUAUUUAAGCACUUGGGAAGAGUACCAUACACACACUUUAUACUUGAGUGAGUUCUCCGGACCCGUGGAGGGCAUCUUGAUUGUUUGCGUUUCGUUGAUAUUGACUGGUAUAUAUGGAAAGCAAGUAAUCUGGCACACCUACUUGUUUACUAUAACAAUUGGUGAUAAGGUCAUUGAUGUGGACACUAUGGAUAUUGUUUUCUCCCUAGCUGUUUUUGGUUUAGUGAUGAAUGCAUUAUCUGCGAAAAGAAAUGUGGACAAAUACUAUAAAAACAGUACUUCUUCAGCCAACAACAUUGCGCAAAUUGAACAAGAGAGCGCUAUUAAGGGUCUUUUGCCAUUUUUUGCCUAUUACGCAAGCAUUACUUUAUUGGUCUGGAUACAACCAAAAUUUAUUACGCUUGCUUUUAUUCUUUCGAUCGGCUUCACGGGAGCAUUUACAGUCGGCAGAAUAAUAGUUUGUCAUUUAACUAAGCAGGCUUUUCCCAUGUAUAAUGCACCUAUGCUAAUUCCUUUAUGUCAGACGGUACUGUACAAGGUAUGCCAGAAUAUUUGGGAAAUUGAACCGAGCAGAAUUGUAUUUGCCUUAUCUUGGCUUGGGUUUGGUAUUUCAUUAGGCGUUCACAUCAUGUUCAUGAAUGACAUUAUUCAUGAACUUACAAAGUAUUUAGAUGUUUACGCUCUAUCCAUUAAGCACUCGAAGCUAACAUAA